AUGGCAAACCCCGGAAAGAGCUGUUGCGAUAAUGGAAAUGAACUCCCAGGCGAUCCACGAACAAUGAAGAGUCGAGUCCUCGAAAGCGGAGCUGCAAUGAUCCAAGACUUCACUCCAGUAAAACAAAUCUGCGCACAUCUCAAUGCGUUCCACAUUUACACCAACGAUCCAACCCGAUGCGUUGAAGCCAAUCACUAUUGCACCCAUUUAACUGAGGAUGUCCGCCAAUGUCUGAUCUACGACUCGCCCAAUGCAAAUGCCCGCCUCAUCGGCGUGGAAUACAUGGUCUCGCCGCGCAUUUUCGCGAGUCUUCCCACCGAAGAGCGUAAGCUCUGGCACACGCACGAGUUCGAGGUCAAGAGCGGCAUGCUGAUCAUGCCAGCACCGGCUGGUGUGCCCGAUGCUGUAUGGGAAGCGGCCGAGACGGCGGAGAUGCAGGAUGUUGCGCCUAUCUAUGGCAAGACUUAUCAUUUCUGGCAGAUUGAUCGUGGAGACCCUGUCCCCCUAGGCCAGCCGCAGUUGAUGGGUAGCUUUCUAUCGAAUGAGAGCGUGAAGGUAGCUCAUCCUGCGGGGUUGGAUUCGUUGUUGGAGGAUCGGGAUAAGAGGUACGGGGUGGAUCAUCACCAGAAGGCAAAGAAGAGGGAGGGCAUUGAGGCGGUCGAGAAGCAUCCCGAUGCUGAUUCGUGGUUCAUAAAGCAAACUUGA